AUGAACCAAACACAGAUGAAUUGUUCUGGUCGAAACCAUACCUCGCAGAUGAAAACGUGGAAAUUUAUCCUACAGUUGAACUUUGAUGUGAUUAUCACAGUCGCUGCCUUGCUCGGCAGCUAUUUGAUGCUCAGAGCGUUUCACAAAUUUCAAAAUCUGCGAACUGCGUCUAACAUCAUUCUGGUGAGUUUGUCUACCGCUGACGGUUUACUGGCGAUUCCCCGAAUUCUAGACAUCAUUAAUUUGACCUUAAGGUAUAAUGCUAAGUAUCUUUUACGUAUGCCUGUUAUUCAAAAGGUAAGCGGAACUUUCACCUUCUUUCUCGUUUCGGUCAUCAUUCUUCAUCUCGCAUUAAUGAGUGUGGAGCGUUUCAUCGCCAUCAAGUUCGCCUUAACAUACCACACCAUAGUGACCAAACGCCGAUCGCGGAUCGUUUCCAUCGCAAUGUGGCUGUGGGCUCUGGUCGUUACGAUAGCUCUGCCAAGGCUGCUUAAGACAACAGGGAAAGAUUUCAGAAAGUGUUGCAGAGAGAUGAACGCAGACAUUAGUACCUCCCAAGUGCUCCACACCAGAUGGUAUCUCGUAUUCCAAGCUGCGUCAAUGUUUCUUGUCCCCCUGUUGA